GUGAGCAAGAGCCUCCCCCGCACAAGACAAUCAAAACAAUGGCUCGUUCAUCUUAUUUCUUGCUCUCUCUCGUCCUGCUCGUUGCGUCUCUAAGCGAAAUCCGGGAGGUCGAGUUCACCAUCUCCAACGCGGCCCCAAACACUGAAGGCGGCGUUAUCUUCGCUGAUCAGAUUGGAGACACGUACGCUCGGCACACGAUGAUUGCAGCCACCAACUUCAUAUGGCGGGUCUUCCAGGAAACGACCGCAGCUGACCGGAAAGGUGUGGCUCGUGUGAGCUUGAUCAUCAAUAACUCACACGGCGUUGCGGACGCAAGCGGCAACACAAUCUAUUUCAGUGCUAACUAUCUCAGCCAAAUACAAGGUGAUAAGCAAGAGUUUGCCGGCAUAAUGUACCACGAGAUGACGCAUGUGUGGCAGUGGUUCGGAGGAGGGAACCCGAGCACGCGACCAGUGAUUGAGGGGAUCGCCGAUUUCGUGAGGCUGAGGGCGCAUCUUGCGCCGGCGAUAUGGCCCCGGCGGGGGGCAGGGAACAGCUGGGGCGAGAGCUCCGCCGUGACGGCCUAUUUCUUGGAUUACUGCGAGAGCCAGCGGAACGGGUUCGUGGCGGAGCUCAACAAGAAGAUGAGAGAUGGCUACAGCGACGACUUCUUCGUGCAAUUGCUGGGAAGGUCGGCUGAUCAGCUGUUUGGCGAGUACAAGGCCCGGUAUGGAGGGGCGGCUAAGUAGAUGUGUGGCUGUUCCUAAAGCUUGUUCUAUGAACUAUGCAUGAGAAUAAAACCUUGGUAGGUGAUAAUGAAGAACAUGCAACCUUGCAUGGUCAAAUAAAACAUGGAUUUGAGCGAUGAAUUAAGAAUAACUUUUGUUUUGUCUCCUGGCCCAUUUGGUGAAUUUCCAGUUACAUUUUACACA